AUGGGUUCGGUUCCUCAGUUUCUGCUGGACCAGUAUCACGCGGCGGGCCGGCCGCUGCGCAUCCUCUGCACCCAGCCGCGGCGUAUAUCGGCGCUCACCGUGGCGGAGCGGGUGGCCGCCGAGAGGGACGAGACCGUGGGACAGACGGUCGGGUACCAGAUCCGGCUGGAGAGCAGGGUAUCGCCCAAGACACUGCUGACUUUCUGCACAAGCGGGGUGCUGCUGCGGACCCUGAUGGGCGGCGACGGCGCCCUGGCCACGGUCACUCACGUGAUCGUGGACGAAAUUCACGAGCGGGACCGGUUCGCCGACUUCCUGAUGGCAGUGCUCAGGGACAGCAUCUCCAAGUACCGCAACCUCAAGAUCAUCCUCAUGUCGGCCACCAUGGACACCCAGCUGUUCGUCAAGUACUUCCACGUCUGCCCGGUCGUCAAAAUCCCGGGCAAGAUGUACGAGGUGAAGGAGUACUUCCUGGAGGACGUGCUGCGGGAGACGAAGUUCACCUCGCCGGAGAUGGAGCGAGCCAAGGCGGAGCUGCGCAAACGGCAGGCGCUCAGCUCGUGGACCGAGCACGCGGCCGACCGGCCGCUGGCGGGCGCGGCGGCCGCCAUCGAGAGGCCGCACAUCCCGGCGCCCAUCCUGGGACAGCAGACUGAACCGACCCCCGACCGCACGGAGCUGGAGCCCUGGCUGUCUGUAACGUGA